CACAAAAAUGCUUGUCUCACGCGUUGAUCGAACCCGCGACGUACCUACUCCUUAAUUUACGUAUUUGUAAAUUAAGGAUUUAGGUAAUCACACCCUUAUAAACUGAACUUAUUGUCUAAUUUCAAUACCUACAUAAGUUCAUUAUAUAGAUGCACUAAACAAACAAAAACAAUUCUAAUAUAAUUGGACGCGGAUACAGACAUUACUUUUCACCGAGUUUGACAGAUAAGAUAACACACCAGUCCUGGUGGGCUACGGGUAUAUAAUCAGAACAUGUUUACUAAUAUAAUACUCCACAGUUGUUCUCGUGACAUUAACUAAACUGACCGUGAUACAGUGUGAGUUACUAUUUCAACUAUUUGUUUUUCUUCACAUUGACUAAUGUUUUCGAAGAUAGUACUUUUUAUAGUCUGAAGAUGGCCCCCGUCAUAACUCAACUGCCGAUCGAGGCUCUGACCCUGGGCGAGGCUCCGCACUGGCACAGCGAGGACAACGCGCUGUACCUGGUCAGCAUCAGCGACCGCACCAUCCAUAAGUACGAGCCGGACACUGGCAAACAUGUCAAGGCGACGCUAGAGCUGGAGCCCCAUUUCAUUCUACCUGUUGAGGGAAAGAAAAGCCACUUCCUGAUCACUCAAGGCCGUAAAGUGGUGGAGAUCGAGUGGUCCGGGGACGAGAGCCCUCCCAAGAUUCUGAGAACUGUCACAGAAGUGGACCAUGAACACCCGACAAACGUGCUCAACGAUGGGAAAGCGGAUCCCCGCGGGAGGUUGGUUACUGGAAGUUAUGGUGAAAAUCCUUCCCCAGACAGUCCAAAGAUAGGCGCUCUAUACCGCAUUGAUCCUGACGGCACCACCACCAAGCUGGCUAGCGACGUGCAAUGCUCCAACGGCCUGUGCUGGGACCUCAAGGAGGAGGCCUUCUAUUUCAUUGACACUUUCCUCAAUAAUAUAAAAAGAUUCGACUAUGACGUGGAGACUGGGGACAUAUCGAACCCUACAGUUGUGUUUUCACUAAAAGAGCUUGGAUUGAGUGGUCUCCCGGACGGUAUGACCAUUGACACCGACGGAAACCUGUGGGUCGCUAUCAUGAUGUCAUCAAAGAUUUUGAAAAUAGAUCCCAAAAUGAACACACUACUGGAAACGUUCACGCUGCCGGUACCGCAGGUCACAUCAGCGACCUUCGGAGGUCCAAACCUGGACAUCCUGUACGUGACUACUGCUUGUUUAGAUUAUGGAGGCAAGCCGGAUCCCCCUUCUGGAGCAACAUUUGCCGUCACAGGACUCUCGGCCAGGGGCCAUCCUAAUCUGAAAUUCAGGAUGAGUUAGAUACUAGCACAGAACAUAUAUACCCCUAGAGGGAAGAAUAACGACUCCAUACAAAUUUUAGAUGAAAAUUUUUCCUUACCGGCCAGCGCCAUCUAAGUUUAGCCCGCGAGAACUAGAGAGUAAAAGCUAGGGCGGGAAUUUCAAACUACAAUGUAUUUCAAUUCUUUGUUAUGGAUUUUAUAUGCACAAGUACACUGCGUUUCUCGAUAGUUUCCUACAAAAUGGAAAACUUUUGCUCAGCAAUAGUUGACAUUUAAACAGAAUCACUAUCGAGAAACACAGUGUACUUGUGCAUAAUUCUAAAACUUAUCUUAAUAGAGCUGUCCAAUGAAACAAAAAUUUUUAUUUAGCAUGAUAACAAUUAUAAUUACUCAGUAAUUCAUUUAGGAAACAUACAUUAGCAAUGCAUAGUGAUGGUGGGAUCUUUAGAAGAUGAAGAUCCACCACAUGCAACAGAUUCUAGUGUUUUCUUUCUCCGAACUCAACGCGAUAUAAAACACAAAUUCAAACAAGAGUCACUGUCUUAACACCGAGUCCAUAUCUCACAAACACAUAAUUAAUUUCCCCAAAACACAACCACGGUGGAGCAGCCUCGACUCAACGUAAUCAAAGUAGAUAGAAUUAAAUGUAACUAGUUUAUUUAUCAUAAAUAAACACACCAACAAGAUAAAAUGCUGCGCAAACGCCGGCAGACAUUUUGUUUUCUUGUUCAGAGUUCAGACAUAAUUGUUGCCACACACUAUCCCAGUUUUUUUGGUUUUCAUUAUUUAAUAAUCAAUAAAAUAUGUCAUAUUUUUUAA